AUGAAUACAAAUAAUGUUGGUCAAGAUCAUGAUGUCAUUCCUCUGAUUAAUCCAUUAAUCAAUAACACAACAAUAAACGAUGUGGAUAUGUUAAACUUGGUACACAAAGUAUGCGAUCAUAAUAAUACUAUGAAAAACAAAGAAGCCUUUAAAUUAUUGAUAAAGUAUCUUGAUAACAAAAGGGAGAAUAAGAUACAUGACCUAAGUCAACAAACAAAGAUUCAAAUACGAUCAUUGAUACUUGAUACUUUUGAAAAGAUACGUGACCCAUUUUCAAAUUUAAAGACAAUAAUAGAGAUAUUGUUGGCCAAUCAUUAUAAAAAAAACAGUGAAGAUGAAGAGAUAUUUAGAAUUGGUUUGAUUGAAUGGUUUAAUAGAGUAUUAAAGGAACAAGACAAUCAAAAUAAUUUUAGUUUAACAUAUAAUAUGUUUUCUGAAUCUACUAUUGAUUGUGCAUUGAUUGCUCUGUCAAAGAUUAAGCAACAAUGUCAUGCGUCAUUGGUUUUGGAAACAUUGGAGAUAUUGUGGAAACUACACUAUAAAAACAAGUUAACCGACCUAAAAGAUAAAGAGGUCACAAUGUAUUUCCCAAUAUCUAAAACAAAGCCAUCCAUACUAAAAGAUGAAGAGGUCUCAAUGAUUUUAUCAAUCUUUAAACAUUACGAAUUUCAACAACAACAACAAGACCAACUCAAAAAAGAUAUUACAAAGAUCAUUUAUAAACUACCUCUUGGAACCAAACUAUUCUUAAAAACAAAAGAGUUUGAAGCAUUUUUAAUACAAACUAUUGGUAUUCUAUUUGGUGGUGUAUAUGAUGAUGCGUAUUUCCUUCCACAGUAUAAAAAUUAUGAUCAAUUCUUGGAUGGUUGGAAUAAUCUAAGCUAUCGAGAAAUUGAACAUAACCCAAUAUUUAACUUUCUUGCAUAUAUCAAUUAUAAGGAUGAUGAGACACUAUGCAUCAUCAUUUUAGAUUACAUCAAAAUCAAAUUUUUAAAUGCAACUAAAAAAAGUUGGAAAGAGAAAUUAAUUUUCUUUAGGAUAGUAAACUCUGUUGGUUCUAAAUUUGAAUCUCAGGUGAUCAGUUCAUUAUUAUCGAAAUUAUCUGAUCCCAUUUCAUUCGAAAAACUUUUAUCAAUUGAAACACAAGACAAUUCAAUUCUUCAUUGUGAAUUAUUGACAUUUCUUUUAAGAUUCAAGGAUGACCCUGUCAUGCAAGAACCUUCUAUUCGAUCCAUCAUAAACGAGGGUUGGAAGAAUAUUGUCAAUCAAGAACCAAUACAACCUCGUACAUUAUAUAGUCUGUGUAAAUAUAUAAAAGUUACUGGGACCCGAGUAUUGGAUCAACAAAUCACUGACCAAGUAUUUUUAAAAGGAUGGGUAUCAAAUUAUGACUAUGUUGUCAGAUGCUCUUUAAAUUUAAUUUUAGAAAAACCAGAAAUAGUCAGUCUACCAAUCUUUAUUGUAUUUUUGGAUAAAUAUUGUAAAGAUCAAAUGGAUAUUGGAAAGAUUAUCAGAUAUUUUGAUAGUUUAGUGACCAACCAAAGAAAAACAUAUCUAAGGAUUAUUAUCAGUCGGUUGUUAUUUAGACCAUUUAAAUUAAAUGUCGAUGGUGCCAUGACUGAUGAAUUUAUUUUUAAGAAUAUAUUGGGUUGGAUAUUUGAUGGGUCUAUUGGAAAGGACGUUCCCAUUUAUCUACCAGCAAUCAUGAAAAGAAUAACAACUCAACCAACCAUCAAACAUAUAUUUCAAGACCAAAUCGCGAGAUUUUGCACCCAAUUCCCACAGACAAUAUAUUCAUCAUACAUUGAUCGUUUGAUAUCCCAAGGUAUUGAUUUAUACGACGACAACAACAGCAGUCAAGAUCGUAGUGGAACACUUUUGACCUGUUUAUUUUCAAUAUGCACACAAUACAAAACAACAGAGACACAAAAAGAAAAAAGCAAUCAGUUAUUUAAACGAUUACUCGAUUUGUUUAUCGCCAAACAUGACGAGGAUGAAAGGAAAAUAGCAAUCAAAAAUUUGAUUGACCAUGCAUAUUGUGCAGGCAUUUCAUUAUCAAUUGAACAAAAAUCACAAAUCAUCGAUUGGAUGAGAGUUGGAAUUCCUAUUCCUCUAUUGUAUCGUCCACGAGUUGACGCACUUCAACAAUACUCUGAAUUGAUUUAUCAAUUGGCAACAUUGGGUGAUGAUUGUGACUAUUAUCUAGAAAUUUCAAUAUAUCAUGUCGAGCAAAUGUUGGAAGGUAUUAAACGAUUCAAAGGCUUUGUUUCAAAGUUGGUUUCAACAAUCUCCCACUUUUACAAACUACUCGAAACCAUUCAUUUCUCUUGUCAAGCAAAGAAUCUAUGGUCCAUUUAUUUCACAAAAUAUUUAAAUAACACCAACACUUUAAAAUCAUUACUAUUCUUGACUCUACUCAAUGAAUGA